UGCCACUUUUGUGUCAGGCCGUACUUUUCUCCCCUUCGCCCACGAUCAGGCGUGCCUGUGCCCUAAAAAGUACGGCCUGAUACUCAGGUUACAAGAAAAUAAACUUCAUUCGUUGUUAUUUUUACGUUGUAAAUCCUAAAAAGUUUGUCAAAAUUUUAUCAAAACGAUGUCAUUUAGCCGAGAAUAUGCUCAUCGUCUACCAAUUCCUACAGCAGAAGAAAUACUGGAAGAUUUUAAUUCCACAAAGAACAAAGAUUUUAUUGAUCCAUUGUUUAAUUAUUUACCUGAAAAUGAAUUAAAUAUGCAAGAGUGUGGUAAGCACUAUAUAUGUAGGGAUUGUUGGAGCUGGCUUCGGAUUCCUUCAAUAUGCAAUUAUCAUUUUGACUCUGAGACGAGUUCAAUUGUCUCUUGACUCUAAGUCGCUAACAAACUAUGCCGCUUGCCGCUAUAAACAAGCUACACACAUUCUCUGUAAGGGAUGACCCCUUACUGGACCUCUAAGUGCUCUCCUCUUGAAUAAUCUGGCAUUAGACAGAGUAAAAUUGUAUAGUAAGGCGCAUCCCGCAUUGGGGCACAAUGCAACUUAAUUGGUUAAUUAAAUUGUUGAAUGCGGCACAAGGCUGUCCCUUUGAGAAGUAAAUAAUUGUGUCCGGAAUAUGACAUUUAAGAGGUCGAUAAGGCUCCUUUAAGGGCUCAACUCCUCUUCAAUUACUGGGGGCAGUUGUCAUGAAGUAUCUAGACACAAUAGCAUCUAUGUUAUCACCAUUUGUUUUUCUCUUUCAGAACACAAGGCUGACAAGGACUCAUCACCGAGCACAAAAGGAGAGCAGGAAAAACAAAAAGAAAUUACCGACACAUACAAUAAAGUUUCAGAGUUUUUAGAACAGAACAAAAACCUUAGACAAUCUAUUACAUCAAUGAAUGAACUCGCCAAAGAAUUACAUGCAAAGAAAGAGAACUUGACACAAUUGAUUUCUAAUAUAAAUGAAAACAUGCAAGAAAAAUAAAAUAUAUAAACGCCAAGUAAAAUUGAUAUAACAGAAGUUUAAAAAUGUUAGUUAAUUAAUAAAGGUAGUAUAUUUGGUUUUCAUAUGUUUCAGCAGCCUCAAGAGCCAUAGGGAAGAGUACAGUGAAUAUAUGGCACUUUAUCCAUUAAUUGUUUAUCAAGUCGGUAUAUUACCUGUUUCAAAGUGAAAUAUUGCUCAUUUCACAAUGCAAAAACAAACCACAAGCAUUGUGGGAAGGUCAGGACAACACACUUCAAUGUAAUGCAACAGGGCCGUAGCAACCGGGGGGGCUGCAGCCCCCCCAAUAAUUUGCUAAUAAUCAUUCUUUUUUCAAAAUCAUGCAAACUUUAUCAUUUAAUCUGUGACAAACUGCAAAGAAUGAAGAUAUUACUCAUACUCCAGAUCGUUCCUCGCGUAGAAAUUUUAGCUGAAUUUCUGUCGCGCAUUUUCAAGAAAAUCCCACAAAAUCUGCACAUUUUUGAUG